GUUGACUUUUGUGAUCAGUUCCACGUCUUCAGUAGUUUUGGUGUUUAAUUACUAUAAAGGAUUGUUUAACCCAGUAAACCAAAAAAAAAAACCGACGCAGUGCAAAAUAAACCGGGAACGAGAACGUGUCGGGUACCGGGAUGACACAGCACAGGGACGAGCGAGCAGUGACCUGGGCUUGUUCUGUAGGGAUUUUCCGUGUAUUUAAAUGAAGCGAAAGAAACUACUAGGCAUAUAUUUAUUGUAAUCUUAAGAAACUAAUAAUAAUGACUAUCAGAAACACAGUCAGCGCUGUGCGUACACAAUCAGUAGAGGCAUGCAAUGUAAUAUCUUUGGGUGAGCAUAGGCUAUAACAGAGGUGUCAUUGCUAGUACUGUACUAACUACGUUCAGGCAACGCUUUCGAUAUUUGCAAAACAAGAGGAUUCUGGAUUUCAAUUUGUUUGUCUUUUUUAUAAGCUAGGAUCUGUAUCCUUACUUAUAUGCUUCGGCACGCUACCUAUACACUGUGAUUUAGGCUCCACAUAAAACCUGGAAUGGAUCAGACUGCUAUUCUAUAGAUAGAUAGAUAGAUAUAUCCAAAAAAGAAAUAUGCAGUCAUAUUAUUUGAAACGUCCUGUGUACAAAGAGCUUCCCUGUCAGAGGCUGCUUUUAUACUGAGGGCAUUUAACUGAGGCUAAACACAUAAGGUAGCGUCUGACCCCAAGCAGGGAGGGGUGUGUGUGUUCUACUGACACUGUACCUGCUUUGUUUGAUCUAAGCAGGCAGUAAAGUCUAUAGGUGCCUAUGACAAGAUCUCUGCUUGAAAUCCCAGGUCAGACACUGACUCAUUGUGACCUUGUGUGAGAGAGUGUAUCACUCACAGCGGUGACCUGCACGCGCCUUGCUGCUGUCUGUCUGUGUGAGGUUACUGUACACACAGAGAACAAAGCUAUUCAAAAUCAGAACACCGCAGAGCUUCUCUUCUUUGAGAUGAGUGACCGAUUGCAUCACACAAGUGAAGUGAUAACAUAUUAAGCUGCAGAUUUUGGAAGAUGGACAGCAUCCCCAUUAGCUCGUUGGAGCUCACCUGUCUGGGCUCCAGCGUCGUGUUAUCAGGACUCUUUUUCUACAUUUACAGGAGGAAAAGCAAAACUGUGGGCAAGCUAAAGGACGCCCCAAGGUUGCCCCUUGACAAGCAGCUGGUUGCCAUCCUGAACGCCAUGCAGGGGAAGAGUCUGCGGUACGUUAUUAUUGAAGGGGCAGUGCAGCCACUCGGGGAGCCGCUCAGGAGCCAGUACCAGGAGAACUGCUUCGGAGUCAUCCAGAAACUCAUUCUGAAGGAACACAAGCUGGUGUGGAACAACAUUGCCCACAGCUGGAUGGACAGUGAGAAGACCCUGCACCAGCAGGUGUACACGGUGCCCUUUGACCUGGUGACGGCCCAUGCUGGUGGAUCGGUCCGGGUCCUCAGCCCCCUGGAGGCGUCGAGCCUGCACCUGGAGGUCGUGCACGAGAAGUUCCACCAGGCGAUGCACGGCUUUAGCGAGAUCAUCGGGCACUACCUGAGUGGGGAGAAGCCCAAGGGGGUGCUGGAGACCGAGGAGAUGGUGAAGGUGGGGGCCGUGCUGACUGGCGUGGGAGAGCUCAUCCUGGACACAGACGGUGUGGUCAAGCUGCGGCCGCCCAGCGAUGGCUCCGAGUACUUCCUGAGUCCCUUGGACUUCGAGAGCCUGCUGGGGGAGCAGGAGGGCCACGCCAGGGUCUGGCGGGUUCUGGCGGCGCUGUGCGGGCUGGCUGGGGCCACGCUUCUGCUGGUGGUGGCCUGGAGGCACUACAAGAGGCUGCAGGAGAAGCGAGAGAGAGAGCAGAGGCGCAGGGAGUUCGAGAGGAUGAGUCUGGGAGGGCUGGGGGUCAGGCAGUCAGCAGGAGAGGAGGAAGAGGAGGGGGAUGGAGAGAUCACGGAGAACACCUGUGUGAUCUGCCUGUCCCGGCCCCGCGGCUGCGUGCUCCUCAACUGCGGACAUGUCUGCUGCUGCUUCAGAUGCUACCAGGCACUGCCCUCCCCAAACUGCCCCAUCUGCCGGAGCGCUGUGUCCAGGGUGGUGCCCCUCUACCAGGCCUGACCCUGCUCUAUGCACACACACUGUGUAUUUUAUAAAUGAAUAUUAUUCAUGAAGUGCCUUUUUUAUCAAUGUGAAGUUCUGUGGCCAAGGUCACUGGCAGUGGGGUUGGAUACUGAAUGAAGCUGCAUCUUCAUUCUCUGGCUUAGGGGCUCAGCACGCUGUGGCUUUACCUACCCUGGGGCGGAAGACGGGGGUCAUUCCAAUAGCUUUAACUGAAGCUUUGUCUGUCACAGCAUGUGGUGCAGAGUAGGGUUAAAGUAGCUGACAUGCUUUUCCAUGGCAAAGAGCAGUAAUAAUAAAACAACUGAAAGUGCCUUUUGAUUUGGUGGAGCUGCAAGCCCACGGGACCCCGCAGCUCUGCAGUGUGGACAGCCCCACAGUGACAUGCUGUGUGCAGGGAGGAGAGCAGCAGUGACAUUGUAACAGUUAAUCCUGAAGUCUCAGCUCUGCAGUGUGGACAGCCCCACAGUGACAUGCUGUGUGCAGGGAGGAGAGCAGCAGUGACAUUGUAACAGUUAAUCCUGAAGUCUCAGCUCUGCAGUGUGGACAGCCCCACAGUGACAUGCUGUGUGCAGGGAGGAGAGCAGCAGUGACAUUGUAACAGUUAAUCCUGAAGUCUCAGCUCUAGCCCAGCACCAUACUGCGCAAUAAACUUUUGCUCACCAGAUGUCACUGUGUGCCUCGACCAGGCCGGCUGUGUUCAGGGGUUUAAUAAUUGAAUAAUUCAGUCACGGGGGAGUGGUGACCUCAUUCUGGUCUAUUUAAAUGAUUUCUGUAGUGCUCAAUUGUAUUUUUUUAACUGCUGUAAAAUAAAAGGUAUCUUGAAUGCGA